GAAACAACAAACCGAGGUACAGGGAGUUCACCUGGGGAGGCACCGCAAUAUUCCAAAGUCGCGCAGUUCAUAGGCUAUCAGGAUGCCUCCAGCCAAGAUAGAGAGCGCGUCGCGUUCGCGCUCCAAACCCAAUCCCACCAACGCAACCCCCGCUCCCGCUGCACGCCGGACAAGACGAGAGCUAAAACGCAGCGACGACAAAUCUUCGAAUCAGGGCAAGUUUACGGCUCUCGCUCAGGGGAGCCGAAGGUCAACCUCACACAGCCCACUGUUGGUUGUCAACCCGGACAAAGUCGAAGCUCCCAAAGGCGUUCCUACGGGCGAGAGUGAUGAAGAGGACGGCGAACUCGAGGAUGACCUUUUUAUUGUAGAGAAGAUCAAGAACCACGCAAUCGACAAAAAUGGCAACCUCGUGUUUCAGGUAAAGUGGAAGGGUUUUAAAAGCAAGAAAGACUUAACUUGGGAACCCGAGGACAAUCUCAAGGUAUCGGGCGACGAGAUUCUCAAUGAGUAUUUUGACGCGAUAGGUGGGAGGGACAAGAUCGUCGAGGAAUCGAACAAAGCGGCCAACACCAAAAAGCGUAGACUGACGACAAAUGACACUUCCAGCACAAGGCCCAAGCGAUUGAAACGAAAUGAGGCGCAUGUAGGCGAUAAGACUUUGCCUGCGGCCCUGAAGAAGUGGAGUCCUCCUUCGGGAUCGUGGGAGGAUGAGAUUGAGAAGAUUGACACUUGCGAGGAGGACGACAAUGAAAAACUGAUCGUUUGUCUUAUUUGGAAGAACGGCCAGACGACCAAGCAUGAGACGCAGACCAUCUACCAAAAGUGCCCGCAGAAGAUGCUCAAGUUUUAUGAGAAGCACGUCAACAUUAUUAGGAAAGAGAAAUGUCAUGAGAGACGUCACGACGGCCUUCUAGGGGAUGUUAUACCCUAAUCCCUUUGCUUCCUUUAUUAACACGGGAGGACCGCUGAGUAGGAAGAAGACCGAUAAUCAAUCCAACGGAUACGGAGCCGAAACCACAUUUCAUAUACACAAUGAUUCAUUAUCUUGAUGAGAACCAAAGGAACUCUGUAAAUCUGGAGCAUGCGGCCGCCUCAUUUGGUCUUGAUGCUCAAACAUACACAUCAGAUUAAGGCCCAACCGGUUCUCUUGCUAGAUCGGCCAAAGAUGACCCCUGUGCCUUCAUUGUCGUGGUGUCUCUCGGCCAAUUUCGAAUCAACUGCUGCCCGCACUUGAAGGUGAAUCCCACUGGCAUGUGGCACUCUAUGUCCAAGCCUAGGUUGGAGCCGUUGACUGGAGCCUUGAUUUACUAUGGAAGCGCAACUGCACCAGAUGUUGACCUCCAAAUUGUCUGGUAUGCUUGAUCGCCCAGUCUAUCAGUUGUCAUUCU